GUUUAUCUGUAAAAUCUGUCUCGCGUAAAGGCUUUUUUUUUUGAAUAACAUCAGCCACUGUUACUGGUAACACACCACACCUGUUACUGGUGUAUGUAAAUAAGUGCAUGUCAAACAAAGUCAUGCGUUUGUUCAAGCGUGAAUCCUGUGGAGACAGACGAAAUACUGGUGCUGCAGCAAAACGGUAGCAGUUGAAGACUGGGAUGGACCGUCUGAUCUUCGUCUUUCCGUUCGUUUAAGUCACUUUGUCCUUACAUUUAAAAAAAAAUAUGGCGGCUCUUACGGUCCUUGCUCUCUGUAGCUUCGCAAUGGGAGCUGUACACAGUGAGCUUACUUGGAGGCCUGACAACCCCUACAUGAGUUUUGCCCUUUUUGAACCUGCUGAGCUGAUGUGCUGCUUCACCGUCACAUCUGGGAACACAGGUUCCGUCCACUGGGUCAGAAGUUUCAACGGCGCUGGCACAAUAUCUGUGAACCUGAAGGAUGGCGUGACCUCGAACACCCAAAGUUACCGAGGCGAAAACUGUAGUGUCCUGAUCUUUAAGUCAGUCAAGCUGAACGACAGUGGACUGUACCAGUGCUUGCUUAACACCAAAGGCCACUUCUCUCAUGGCACCUACAUGCAAGUCUUCCAGCCCCUGAAGAAGAGGAUAAAUCUCAAGGAAACCACCAAGAACAGCAUCCUCACCGCGGAGGGAAUCCUGCUGCUGCUCUGUGUACUCUUGCCUUCAGCCACCCUUUUAUGCAAGUCAAAGAAACUGGUUCAACUAGAAAAGAAGAAGGCGGGAAAAGAAGAGGAGAACAUUUAUCAGGGGCUGAAUCUGGAUGAGUGUUCUGCCACAUAUGAUGAGAUUGUACGCACACAGGGGCAGUACCUGUACGAGGAUGUGGGUAACAUGAAAGAAGAACUGGAAGAGGAGGAAAUCCAGCUGGAGAAACCCUGAGAAGUCCGUGGAUAGAUUAAGGCUCUAUUCAAACUAUAUGGCUGCAAAUGUACCGCAAUUUAUACUGCAAACGUUGACAAUUUGAAGGCUUUGGGGUUUUGUCUCUACACAUAGGGACAACAUUUUUCAUACAGAUUUUAAUAUAUAUGUAUAUAAAU